AUGGCGAUGAAGCGACUCACAUUUCUGUGCGAUCGUUUCGAACGAGAGAAACAAUUUGAAGCCGACUAUCACGCCGUAAUACAAGAAUAUUUGGAAUUAGGACACAUGACGAAGAUUACCACGGACCACUCCUCGGAUGACGGAUAUUUUCUGCCACAUCACGACGUGAUCAAAGAGUCCAGCCAAACGACAAAACUCCGAGUCGUGUUUGACGGAUUGGCACCAACCACCACCGGAGUUUCCUUAAGCGACAUACUUCACACGGGACCGAAACUACAAGAUGACUUAUUUUUCAUUCUCCUGAGAUUAUGGUCUCAUCAAUACGUUCUCACGGGGGACCUUGAAAAAAUGUAUCGACAAUUUCUUGUGCAUCCAGAGUAUCGGAAAUUCCAACAAAUUUUGUGGCGUAACACUAAUGGAGAAGUUGACACUUAUCAACUCAACACGGUGACGUUCGGGUUAUCAGCAGCGCCUUAUCUAGCCAUUCGGUGCAUCCAAGAACUGGCGGACGACGAGGGACAUCGGUUUCCACGAACGGCCACAGUUCUGCAGCGAGAUUUUUACGUCGGCAAUGUGCUCACAGGAGUUGAUACAAGGAUCAAGGCGCGAUCACUGAGCAAGAAACUCACGGAAUGGCUCAAACUAGCCGGUUUAAACAUUCGAAAAUGGGCAUCAAACGACCGAGAGCUGCUACAAGGACUCUCCGAACAGGACAUGAACGAUAAACUACUUCCAGGCGAAUCUCAAACUUUAAAAACUCUGGGCAUUGUUUGGAAUUCCUCUGAUGAUUCGAUCCUAUAUUCCGUCAAAAUCUGCCCUACCAGCUCCCGAAUUACGAAAAGAAUAAUCAGCUCCGAAAUCGCCAAGAUCUACGAUCCUCUUGGAUUACUUGCACCAGUGAUCGUUCGAGCUAAGAUGCUACUCCAACGACUUUGGACAUUAAAAAUCGAUUGGGACGAAUCUCUGCCGGCUGACUUACAUGCAGAAUGA